GCGGGGCAAAGGUUGGAGGUCGGCUCGGCUUUCGGGGCAAGAUGGUGGCGGCGGAGCAGCUCCGCGUGGUUCGCUGCGGCGGCAGCUGGUUGAGUGAGAGCCGCGCAGUCUUCUCCGCAGACGCGAAGGAUGCUAAUAUCUGCUGUAGGCUCACGAUUCUGCCCAUUUUUCUCGGCUUAGUAUAAUAGGAUAAAAAGCAGAUAGGUACCUUAUGUGUGCUUCAGGUGACUAUAUAAAAGUCUACAGUACAACUACAGAAGAAUGCUUACAUGUCCUGCAGGGUCACAGCAACCUAGUAACAGGAAUCCAGCUGAACCCCCAAAACCAUUUGCAGCUCUAUUCAUGCUCUCUAGAUGGCACUAUUAAGCUCUGGGACUUUAUGGAUGGAAUUCUCAUCAAGACAUUUGUGAUUGGGUACCAAUCUUUUGCAUUGUAUGCACUUGCCAGUUCUGAGGGUUCAGUAUUCGUUAUCGUUCCAAAGGAUAAUGAUGAAAGAUCAGGUUUAUUUCAGCUGGUUUCACUGAAACUGCCAAAGCUACCAGGUCAAGAAGUGGAAGUCAAUGAGCUACAAUUGAUUUUGGAUAGUGUAAGCAAGUCACCCAAAUGUACUGCGUUUGGAAGAGAAGGUGAAUAUGUGGUGUCGGUAUCGGAGCUUCACCUCCUUGUUUGUUUUUUCAAGAAGAAGAAGAUUUACAGCUUUCCUUUAAGUUCAAAACACAGUGACAGAAACUACUUCACCUGUGUGGCCUGCCACCCAAAAGAAGACUGCAUAGCAAGUGGACAUAGAGAUGGCAAAAUUCGUCUGUGGAGAAACUUUAACCAUAAGAGAGAAUACACAUUUUCCACACUGCACUGGCACCAUGAUCAAGUUCUGGAUCUUGUUUUCUCUGUAGAAGGGACGAGUCUCCUGAGUGGUGGGAUUGAGUCUGUCCUGGUUCAGUGGCGAGAUGGCUUGGACUCAAAGAAAGAAUUCUUGCCUCGUUUGGGAUCCACGAUUGAGCACAUCUCAACCUCGCCUGAUGGAACUUUCCUUUGUACCUCACACACAGAUAACAAAAUAACAAUCAUUCACAGCAACUUGAGAGUCUCUGCAGUAAUUCAAGGAUUAGUCAAAGGUGGUCUUGUCAAUACUGGCUUGAUGGUGGACCCACGGACUAAAGCUUUGGUUCUGAAUGGCAAGCCUGGUCACCUGCAAUUCUAUUCACUGCAAAAUGACAAACAGCUGUACAAUUUGGAUAUCGUGCAGCAGGAAUACAUCCAUCAAUAUGGCCUGAACCAGACUGAGUUAAUGAAGGCAGCAUUUGAUUCCAAAGGCAACUGGCUGGCUACUGUGGAACAGCGAAGAGACAGGGACAUUGAGCUCGAAUUGCAGAUGAAGUUCUGGGCUUAUGAUGAGCAAACGCAGAGCUUUGCUCUGAACACAAGAAUAAAUAUGCCACAUGAGGAUUGUGUCACAGGUGUGUGUUUCCGCAGCACAGAUGAAUCUGAAAAUCCAGCUCCUACCUUGGUAACAGCUGGCAGCAAUGGGCAGUUUAAAGUCUGGAUGCUUCUGGCUGAUAAUGAUGGCGAAACAAAUCAAAGCAUAGGCUGGACCUGUGAUUUUGUAGGAAGCUAUCACAACUAUCAAGCUACAAAUUGCUGUUUCUCUGAAGAUGGCUCUUUGCUUGCAGUUAGCUUUGAAAAAACAAUCACUGUAUGGGACUCGGAAACAUGGGAUCUAAAAUGUACUUUUUGCCAUCCUCCUGGAACAAUACAAAACUUGUGCUUUGGAAGGCUAAGCUGUUGCAAGUACCUUCUUGGCAGCACCAGUACUGGCUUCUUGUGCUCCUGGAACUUGCUGAGCUGUACAUUGGAAUGGAGCGCCCAAUUAAAUGUCAGCGUUCUGCAACCUGACUGUUUGUCUGAAAACAUUGCUGCAAUUUCACAGACCUCGGAAUACUCAGACUUGUUUGUGUUUCAGCCCAGCAAACCACAGCCUUUGUGUAUCCAGAAAAAUAUCUGCAGAGGCAGAGUCCAGUGGGCUGUCUUUGUUCCAAGAGAUGUGCCUGAAUGUAUUCGUGCAGAAAGAUAUCGGUGGCUUAGUCAAUCUCAGUUUUACUUCCUCACAGAAUCACAUGAGUUGAUGACAUUUAGCACAAAGACCCCAGAAGAGAGACUUUCACCUUCCAGCAGACAGCUGGCAGUGGAGGAGAGCCUCCCUUUGACUCCUUUUCACCUGCUCCUGGGAAAGCAUCAGCAACAGACAAAAGAGGCUGCAGAAGUUAGAAAAGCACCUGGCCAGAAUAGCUUGGCACAAGAUUCACCUGCUGUCAAAGAACUGCUUCACACUCCAGCACACGUCUUACCAUCUGCCUCUUUCCUGUGUCCCAUUUUUAUCAACUCGCUGCUGGUAUCCAAAACAAAUUCAAGUGCGGGUGACGUUGCUAAUGAAGUUGAAAUGGAAAGUGACAUGGAAGAUAACGAAUCGGAUGAGGAAGUCGAAGUUGCUGAAGUGCACCACCAGGCUCCACAGGCAGCAGCAGAGUCUCUGGAGGACAUGACACCUACAUUAUCAAAAGCCCAGGAAAAAGAACUGCGCAGAUUAAGAAGAAUGGACUACAGCUGGGCAGCUUCUCUCUAGGCACAUCACUCUGUGGACUUCAUAGUUUUAUAUUUGAUUCCAAGAAUUCCAUAUGAUUUCAACUUUGUAAAUAAAGCACGGAGUUUUGCAGGAA